AUGUCGUUUUCUUUUGGCACUCCUUCGAGUGCCCCUGCAACCGGAUUAUCAGGUGGCUUCAGUUUUGGCGCUAACAAGCCAGCAACACCUAGUUUCGGGUUAGGUGGAACGCAACAAUCUACAGGAUUAUUUGGAACUCCUGCAUCAUCUGCCCCCGCGUUCGGCACUGGCAUUCCGGCUUUUGGAGCUACAUCUACAGCAUCAACAUUUGGAACUAGUGCAACUCCAGCAUUCGGUGCAACAUCCACAGCAGCAUUUGGUGCAACAUCUACUCCAGCAUUUGGUGCAACAUCCACACCAGCUUUUGGUGCUACAGCUACAUCAGCAUUUGGUGCAACUGCAACUCCGGCAUUUGGGACCACAGCAACACCAUUUGGCAGCACUGCUACCGCACCUGCUUUUGGUGCUACAACAUCUGCACCAGCCUUUGGAAGCACCACAACUCCAGCAUUUGGUGUUUCAUCUGCAGCUCCAGCUUUUGGUACAACAACACCUGCAUUUGGUGGUUCAACAUUUGGACCUGGAUUGAGCACUGGUGGAUUAAGUUUUGGUACAACAACUACUACUGCAACAACAGGACUGUCCUUUGGGACAACAACAACAAGUGCCGGACUCGGGGGCUUAGGAGGGUUCGGGUUUGGUACCACUACUACAACUCAAUCUAGCUUCGGCCUCGGAGGUGCGACCACUACAACUACUAGCACUUUUGGAACAACACCAAGUUUAGGAUUAGGAGGAGCAGUACCAACUAGUGGAACAACAGGAGCAACUGAUGGAAAGAGUGAACCCCCGAAACAAACAAAACUACCAAAUGAAAUAUCAACAACUGUGGAAUCAUUCAAAGAGUUUGUGAAAAAGCAGAAGUCACUCAGUUCUGAUAUAAUGCGAGUUUCAAUUAAGCCGUUGCAAAAGGUUGGCCGUGAAGCAGAAUGCACUCUCCGAUUGGCUCUCUCUCUAUCUGGUGAGACAUCGAGAUGUCGCGCCCAAUCUCGCCGUCUCCGUGCCUCUGCUGCUGCUGCUCUUGCUGCCGCCGAGACUGCUAACAGAGACCCGCCUGGUUCCGAGUUCGAAGGGAUAACACCGCCCAAUUACGUGAAAGAGCUGAUAGCGGAAUUGGAGCAGCAGAUCAUAGCGUUCCGCCGACAGAUGGACGUCGCGGACAAGCAGAUGCAGUCUUCGCCGAAACUACUUACAGAACAAGAAUUAACUCUCGGCAUUCGUCGAAUGCACGAGUCGCUGGUGGCGCUCGCCGGGCGCCUGCAGGCCGUCCACGCACAGGUGGAGGGGCAAAAGGAACAGUACCUCAAUCUGAGGAAGUACGUCCUUAAGGAUCCUACUAAUGUCUUCGAUACAAGCCCGAAUGCAAGCUUAGACCAAAUACUGCGGGACGCUGAAGGCACUAGGAAGAAGGCGAAAUCCGGCAAUUUUAGUGAGCUCGGCCUGAACAGCGCUGUGCUUUCGGAUCCUAGAGCUGCUUUAGGUAAUAUACAACAAUUAGCUGGACCGACGCCGUUCACGUACUUGGGAAGUACGAUGUCACCCUUUACGGCUGCUGAAACCCAAGCGUCUAGCUGGCAACCAGCAACACAGCCCGCUCUGAACACAUCGUUCAACACAAGUGGAUUUGGAUCGCAGACAGACAGUUUCCAGCUUCAGAAGCCACCAGGGAAACGUGGGAAACAGUGA